UCUUAUUGGGAAAGAAAAUAUUUACAGGGUCAAUCUGUAAAAGUCCUGUGUUACAAUGGCUAUCAUCUUCCAAAUGGUCAAGACACAAUGACAUGUACUGAGACUGGCUGGUCCCCUCCUCCCAAAUGCAUUACUAUCAAGACAUGUUCAAAAUUAGAUAUAGAAAUUGAGAAUGGCUUUUUUUCUGAACCUGAUUUUACAUAUCCUCUAAAUAGAGAAACAUGGUAUAGAUGUAAACAGGGAUAUGUAACAAAUACUGGAGAAACAUCAGGAUCAAUUACUUGCCUUCAAGAUGGAUGGUCUCCUCAACCCUCAUGCAUUAAGUCUUGUGAUAUGCCUGUAUUUGAGAAUGCUGCAACUAAGAAUAAUAGCACGUGGUUUAAACUCAAUGACAAAUUAGACUAUGAAUGUCAUGCUGGAUAUGAAAAUGAAUAUAAACGUACCAAAGGCUCUAUAACAUGUACUUAUUAUGGAUGGUCUGAUAUACCCUCAUGUUAUGAAAGAGAAUGCAGCAUUCCCAUGCUAGACCCAAACUUAGUCGUUUCUCCCAGAGAAGUAAAAUACAGAGUUGGAGACUUGUUGGAAUUCUCUUGUCGCUCAGGACACAGAGUUGGACCAGAUUCAGUGCAAUGCUAUCACUUUGGAUGGUCCCCUAGUUUCCCGACAUGUAAAGGUCAAGUAGGAUCAUGUGCACAACCUCUUGAAAUCCUUAAUGGGGAAAUUAAGGGAACAAAGAAAGUUGAAUACAGCCAUGAUGAUGUGGUGGAAUAUGAUUGCAAACCUAGAUUUCUACUGAAGGGACCCAAAAAAAUUCAAUGUGUUGAUGGGAACUGGACAACAUUUCCUGUAUGUGUUGAGGAGGAGAGAACAUGUGGAAACAUUCCUGAACUUGAGCAUGGCUCUGUCCAGUUUUCUGUCCCUCCCUAUUACCAUGGAGUUUCAGUGCAGUUCACCUGUGCAGAAACCUUCACAAUGAUUGGACCAGGGUCAAUUUCUUGCAUUAGUGGAAGGUGGACUCAGCUUCCUCAAUGUGUUGCAACGGAUGAACUGAAGAAGUGUAAAGCACAGAGGUCAACUGACAUAGAGGCAAUUUACCCAAAUAAGAUUGAAUUUAAUCAUAACUCUAACAUGAGUUACAAAUGUAGAGAAAAACAAGAGUAUAAAUACUCAAUCUGCAUCAAUGGAAGAUGGGAUCCUGAACCAUACUGUGCAAGAAAAGAGAGAACAUCCUGCCCUCCUCCACCACAGAUUCCAAAUGCCCAAGUGAUUGAAACCACAGUGAAAUACUUGAAUGGAGAAAAAGUAUCUGUUGUUUGCCAAGACAAUUACCUAACUCAGGACCCAGAAGAAAUGGUGUGCAAAGAUGGAAGGUGGCAGUCAUUGCCACGUUGCAUUGAAAAGAUUCCAUGUUCCCAGCCCCCUAAAAUAGAACACGGAUCUGUUAAAUUACCAAGAUCUUCAGAAGAAAGAAGAGAUUCAAAUGAGUCCAGCAGCCAUGAACAUGGAACUACAUUCAGCUAUGUCUGUGAUGAUGGUUUCAGGAUAUCUGAAGAGAAUGUAGUAACCUGUUACAUGGGAAAAUGGAGCUCUCCACCUCAUUGUGUUGGAAUUCCUUGUGGACCUCCACCUUCAAUUCCUCUUGGUACUGUUUCUCAUGAACUAGAGAGUUACCAAUAUGGAGAAGAGGUUACAUACAAUUGUUCUGAAGGUUUUGGAAUUGAUGGACCAGCAUUUAUUAAAUGUGUAGGAGGAAAGUGGUCUGAACCACCACAAUGCAUAAAAACUGAUUGUGACUUUUUACCCUCAUUUGAAAAUGCCAUACCGAUCCAAAAGAAAAAAAAAUCAUAUAGGUCAGGAGAACAAGUUACAUUCAAAUGUCGACCACGUUAUCAAAUGGAUGGCUCUGACACUGUGACAUGUGUUAAUACCAAGUGGAUUGGAAAGCCAGUAUGCAAAGAUAAUUCCUGUGUGGAUCCACCACAUGUGCCAAAUGCUACUAUAGUCACAAGGUCCAAGGCUAAAUAUCCAUCUGGUGACAGAGUACGUUACGAAUGUAAUAAACCUUUUGAAUUAUUUGGGGAAAUGGAAGUAAUGUGUCAAAAUGGGAUUUGGACAGAACCACCGAAAUGCAAAGACUCAACAGGGAAAUGUGGGCCUCCUCCACCUAUUGACAAUGGAGACAUCACCUCCUUGUCAUUAUCAGUAUAUGCACCAUUAUCAUCAGUUGAAUAUCAGUGCCAGGACUAUUAUCUACUUAAAGGAAAGAAGACAAUAACAUGUAGAAAUGGAAAGUGGUCUGAGCCACCAACCUGUUUACCUGCAUGUGUAAUAUCAGAAGAUGUUAUGAAAAGACAUAAUAUAGUUCUCAGAUGGAGAGAAAAUGAAAAGAUUUAUUCCAAAUCAGGGGAGAAUAUUGAAUUUAUGUGUAAACCUGGAUAUAGGCAACAAAAAGGAUCUCAUCCAUUUCGUACAAGUUGCAUUCAAGGUCACAUCAAUUAUCCUACUUGUCAAUAAAAUCACAAUACAAUUAGUAAAUCUUAUGGAUGAACCUUUGUUUAUAAAUUCAGUUAAUAUGCAUAGCAUAUUACUAAUUCAGUUUCACUUUUCAUUUGAAAUAUUGUUUAGCUCAUUUCUUCUAAUAAGUAUAAACUUUUUUGUUAUAUGGUGUUUAAUUUGUAAUCUUAGAGAAUGUUGUCACAAUGAAAGAGCAGCACAUUCAAAAAUCCUACUCCAAAAUAUAUAUUCAAGGGCAAACUAUAUCAAAGCAUGAAAAUAAAUGUAAGUUCUUCAAUGUCUGUUUCUGUUCAGAACUCUUCAGAAUUUCCUCGAUAUCUUUUGAUGUAAAGUUCUGAUUCACAAUGAGUGGAAGACAUAUUGACUCAGUCUUCGAAUUAGCAUUAUUUCCCAAACUCAAGUUAUAAUACCAAACUAUCAAUUGUAAUAUCACUAAUGCAUGUAAUUAAUUACUAUAUACUACUUUUGUAUCAAUAACAAAAUCUAAGUAAAUUCUUGCAUAUGAAUGUCUAAUAUUUUGUACAUUGUAAUAAUGAAAUAUUCAAACAAUUAUACAAAGGGAUUAAAGUUUUCACUAUGUGUAUGAUUCUAUCACUGUAAUAAUAUUGACUUUAAAACCUAUAAAUAUUAGUUAUCACUUA